UAUCAAGGUGGCAUGACACCAAUGUUUGUGGGAGAUGAAUAUCACAUAUAGAAAAGUUUCACAUAAGGCACCGUCACAGUAGCAGUGUAUAUCUUUUUUCCAUCAGAGCAUAAUGAUGGUCAUAAAACUGUCAAGGUAGGAUCAUAUUUUGCUAUAGCUGUAAUAUAUCAAUGAUGUGAGGACAGUCCAUAUUAUCCCAGACAAGGUAGAACUACAUGUUGCUGAAUCCCAGAAUUUCACAUGAAAAGAAAGCAUUUAACAGGCGUUUGUUUGUCACCUCAGGGAAAAGGCAAGAUGAAGACCUACUGGCUACUGGGUCGAUCAAACAACGAUGAAACUUUAAAUAGCGGCUCAGGGACAGACACAAACUACACCACCUCCAGGGCCUCUUCAUUCCAAGACAAUACGACUUGUCCAGCUGCAGUGAAACCCACAGCCUCUUUGGAGGAAGCUGAGGAUGAGGCAGAGUUUAAGGUGAAAGAGAUUGGCGCCAACACUUUUAAGUCCCUGGACUGGAAGGCGGCAGAUGCUCAAAGCACCUUCCAGGAGAUAGGUGACACAGGGAAGCUGUCCAACCCUACACUUCUGGAGGAUCUCCGCUGGGGGGCGUGCAGCUCAACCACAAACAACACGGACUACGUGGGUGCGGACUACCAGCCGUCCAGUAAUAUUUGUAAUCUACUCUAGCUCAUCCCACCAUUGACAACCUCCUCUGUUAGGUAAUUGAGUAGAUAUCCUGACUACUACCAGGAGGGUGUGAUGCAGUUACUUGUAUAUGUAAUAAUGUUCCUUGUCAUUUCAAAUCUUUUACAGGAGGAUUGUGCUGUAUACCUUAAGGACUUCUACAGUAUUGUUUUGGUUUUGAAGCUUUUUAAUACAGCUAUGAAUAAUGUUGCAAAUCAAGUGAUGAGUGUUCAAGUAACGCAAACUUAAGUCUUACACACUGAAAUCAUUAUAUGUGAAGUUGUACCCUAGAACAACAGUAACAAGAUUUGGACAAAUGUGACAUUAGAACUGGUACAUUGUUAUAAUGAUUCCACAGACAGCCCUAAAUAAAUACAUAUCAGUAAGUAUAGUCUAAGUAUAGAUGAACAAUUCUUGCUUGAGAUCAACUGCUGAGUGUUGUACCAUAUUUGUUUUAUCAAAGUGUAGUUGUCCUUGUUUACAAAAUGUAUAUAUUGCUCUGUG